UGUAAUAACAAUUGCUGGCAUUGCUUAUCUCUACGACAUGCAACAAUCUUGAAUUAAUAUUUACUUCCGGGGUCCUAGGUCAAAGUUUACCGAUUGACGGUAGCACGCUAUUGGCUGACUGUCAAUGUUAUGAAAUGUCAUUGGAUAGACGAACACACGCCUUUCGCCAAUCUGAAAGAGCACAACAGACGCCAAGGUGAUUCAUGUCCUUCUGAUUGAGUCAACAUUAAGCAUGCUGACUGCACAGAGGGCAUGUGCAGCGAUGGCUGCUCGGCGCCUGGUUAGAGCUUCUUUCUCCUCAGCACACACACACCGCUCUCUGAUCCACACUUCCACGCCAUGCGAGGACCAGGAUGAGCUGCAUCCAGAAUGGGUCAGUCUGGCUAAGAAACAGUUGAAGGGGAAGAACCCAGAAGAUCUGAUCUGGCGCACGCCUGAGGGACUCAACAUCAAGCCUGUGUACACCAAAGCAGACUCAGUCGACAGGCCAGAUGAGUUGCCAGGAGUAUUUCCCUACACUAGGGGGCCCUAUCCUACCAUGUACACAUACAGACCUUGGACUAUCAGGCAGUAUGCUGGCUUUAGCACUGUGGAGGAGAGCAACAAGUUCUACAAAGAUAACAUUAAAGCUGGACAGCAAGGUCUUUCCGUGGCGUUUGACCUGCCGACGCACCGCGGGUAUGACUCAGACAACCCCCGAGUCCACGGAGAUGUCGGCAUGGCUGGAGUUGCUAUAGACACGGUUGAAGACAUGAAGAUGCUCUUUGAUGGAAUCCCACUGGAGAAGAUGUCCGUUUCAAUGACAAUGAAUGGAGCAGUGAUCCCUGUGUUGGCGAUGUUCAUUGUGACAGGAGAGGAGCAGGGCGUGUCUAAAGCCAAACUAACUGGCACCAUUCAAAAUGAUAUCUUGAAGGAGUUUAUGGUACGCAACACCUACAUUUUCCCCCCGGAGCCUUCCAUGCACGCCAUCGCAGACAUCUUUGCUUAUACCUCCAAGCACAUGCCCAAGUUCAACUCCAUAUCCAUCAGUGGCUACCAUCUUCAGGAAGCUGGGGCUGAUGCCAUCCUGGAAGUAGCCUACACCAUCGCUAACGGCCUGGAGUACUGCCGCACUGGUCUGAAAGCAGGCUUAACCAUCGAUGAGUUUGCCCCGAGGUUGUCAUUCUUCUGGGGUAUUGGGAUGAAUUUCUACAUGGAAAUUGCCAAGCUGAGGGCAGGCAGGAGGUUGUGGUCCACGCUCAUUAAAGAGAACUUCCAGCCUAAGAACACCAAGUCUCUGCUCCUCCGCACACACUGCCAGACCUCAGGCUGGUCUCUCACGGAACAAGAUCCGUACAACAACGUGGUGCGUACAGUGAUCGAGGCCAUGGCGGCUGUGUUCGGGGGGACCCAGUCUCUCCACACCAACUCUUUCGAUGAAGCUCUGGGCUUGCCCACAGUGAAGAGCGCUCGCAUUGCCAGGAACACCCAGAUCAUCAUCCAGGAAGAGUCGGGCAUCCCCAAAGUAGCAGAUCCCUGGGGGGGCUCACACAUGAUGGAGGCCCUCACGGAUGACGUCUAUAACAAAGCUUUGAAGUUUAUUAACGAAAUUGAAGAGCUAGGAGGCAUGGCCAGAGCUGUGGCAGAGGGCAUUCCAAAACUUCGUAUUGAGGAAUGUGCUGCUCGCAGACAGGCCCGCAUUGACUCAGGAUCAGAAGUCAUUGUCGGGGUGAACAAGUACCGUCUGGGAAAAGAGGAGACUGUGGAGGUGUUGGCAAUAGAUAACACUGUUGUACGUCAGAAACAGAUUGACAAAUUGAAGAAGGUGAGGGAGAGUCGUGACCCAGAGGCAGCGAAGAAGUGCCUGGCAGCCAUUGAGGAGUGCGCCCGAACCGAGGAUGGCAACCUUUUAGCCCUGGCUGUGGAGGCAGCACGAGCCAGAUGUUCGGUCGGUGAAAUAACUGAUGCUAUGAAGAAAGUGUUUGGUGAACACAAGGCCAGUACCAGGAUGGUGAGCGGUGCCUACCGAAGCGAGUACGGGGAGCAUGAAGAGAUCGCUGGGGCCCACAAUAGAGUUGCAGAUUUUAAGAAGCACGAGGGCAGGAACCCUCGACUGCUGGUGGCAAAGAUGGGGCAGGAUGGUCACGACAGGGGUGCCAAAGUCAUCGCCACAGGGUUUGCUGACCUGGGCUUUGAUGUGGACAUCGGACCACUGUUUCAGACUCCCCUUGAGGUUGCCCAGCAGGCGGUCGAUGCAGACGUACACUGUGUAGGGGUCAGCACGCUCGCCGCAGGACACAAGACCCUGGUCCCAGAGCUCCUCAAGGAACUACGGAAGCUCAACAGGCCAGAUAUCCUGGUCAUCUGUGGCGGCGUCAUCCCACCACAGGACUAUGAGUUCUUGUAUCAGAGCGGCGUGUCCGCCAUCUUCGGCCCAGGAACCAGAAUCCCACAAGCUGCUGUGGAGGUUAUUGACAACAUUGAAAGGAGCCUGGAAAAAAUCCGGCAGGUUAUGUGAACCCAAACUACAACUUGAAGAAACUGUCUAUUUAUGUUAUAUCAACAACAAAAGCCACAAGUGGGAACCCACACUUCUGUAGAGAAUCAGGUUGACUUGUCACAAAAGAUUGUAAAAAGCUAAAAUGUAAUUUCCCACCGUGAGAACACAGCAUGUUCAGCAGUCAAAAUGAUUAAAAACCUGUUGGACAGUCAUGGUUGUAUUAACAUUGCAUUCUUAGUAUACCGUAUGAAAUGAGAUUUUUAGUGUGCUCACAGUUUGCCGUUUUCAGUCCUGUAACUUCACAAAGAAAAAAAGUGAACAUGUACCCAACAGUAUCUAGUUUUGUUCAUUCAAUAUCGAAAGAAAUCCUCUCCCACAUGACUUCUUCAGUCAGAUAAAUGGUGAUUUCACCCUAACAGCAUGCCUGUGUGUGAAUUGCAGUGGUUACAGCAUUAUUAAUAUCCUGUAAAUAUCCUAGGAAUUCAAGAAUAUGAAUGGGAAUUGGGAAUUGGUCAAUACUUUAAAGUUAACACAAAUUAAACUCUAUUAAGACUUUUACCCACACUUAAAAAAACAAUACAUCAUACACUACAUUUCAACUAAUUAGGAUAUGUUAAACAUAAUACAGUACCAUGUGAAACAUUGGCUUGAGAUGAGCAGAGCAUCUUUUUUGGCAUCCAAGAAUAAACCUUACAUCACAGCACUAUAAACCUACUUGAAAUGUUAUGCUUUUAUUGUGAAAUGUGUGUUUCAUUUUCAGUUACGUAGCAGGCUGUUAUUAGUGCUAGUGCGGUGGAAAUGGAGGGGUAGAAAUUCAUAUCAAAAACCUCUUAUUACCCCCGGGGUUUUAUGUUGAUGAAUAUCUUCAUCUUGAAAGUGGCCUUCUGUUGUCUUGAUCUCUUGCAUCAUGUUUAAUUCUUGCUUCAGUUCAAAGAUAAAACCAUCACAAUUUAUUUGGAAAUAAUAUUUUUCUACUUGUGAUUCUAAAUCAGAUUUAGCGCUAUUUGGUCUAAAUAAAUUACAUGAACUUUGGAAAUGUGA